UUUCAAAUUCAGGCUGAACGCAUCCUCAGGUUGCAGGAGCUCUCCUCGAAGGAGUUCAACAAGGACACCUCUGCGGUGAACAUCGUCUGGUACAUCAUGACCUCGGGGGCGACCAUUGAGCCGACGGUGGAGUUCUUCAAGGAGCACGAGUACUUUGGCCUGAACAAGAGCAACAUCGUCUUUUUUGAGCAGAACACCAUGCCCUGCUUCAACUUUGAGGGGCAGAUCAUUCUCGACAAGCCAUACGCCCUGGCGCGAGCCCCUGACGGCAACGGUGGCCUGUACAAGGCCCUCCGAGGCCAGGGCAUCCUCGAGGACAUGAGCAAGCGGGGCAUUGAGCACAUCCACGCCUACUGCGUGGACAACAUUCUGGUUAAGGUAGCCGACCCGGUGUUCAUCGGCUACUGCAUCCGCAAGGACGCCGAGUGUGCCGCCAAGGUGGUGGAGAAGGUGUACCCGAAUGAAGCGCUGGGCAUCAUCUGCAAGGUGAAGGGCAAGUUUAAGGUGGUCGAGUACAGUGAGGUCUCGCACCAGACGGCACAGAAGCGCAACACCGACGGGCGGCUGCUUUUCAAUGCAGGCAACAUCUGCAACCACUACUUUACGCUCAAUUUUCUCGUUAAUGUCAUCAAGGAAGAGCAGUUGAUGCACCACGUGGCAAAGAAGAAGAUUCCCUUUGUGGACAACAACGGCUUAAGGGUGUCACCGGAGAAACCCAAUGGAAUUAAGCUGGAGAAGUUUGUUUUUGAUGUCUUUGAGUUUGCCAAGAAAUUUGUCGUCUGGGAAGUGCUUCGCGAGGACGAGUUUUCUCCACUUAAAAAUAGCGACUCGGCGAACAAAGAUAACCCGACCACUGCACGACUUUCGCUCUUCAAUCUCAAUCAGCGAUACGUGCUCAACGCUGGCGGCAAGUUUGUCGACGAGAACGGCACACAUCUCCCUCACAGCCCUGCUCUGGCUGAUGGAAGCAACUCCAACUGUGACACCAACAACAAGUAA